GAGCGGGCGGCGGUACCACAGCCGCGAUCCACUACCGGCCGCCGCGCCCCGCGGGUCCGCAGCCUCCUCCCCGGCCUCUGCCGCGGCGGCCCGGCCUCGCUGCGGCCGGGCGGCUACCAGCUGUUUUUGCAGGAGAUACAGUCUAUUGGAAAAGAUAGAAGAAUAAGAACAGAAACUGGAGUCAUUCUCAGUGGGGGUUCAUGCAAAUGUAGAAUUUGAGUAGAUCAUCUUUUACUACUUCACUGCUCUUUAUCAGUAUGUUUGGCAAGAUUCCUUCAGGCGCUUCAGGAAGAGCAAGACACUAAUGUUUAUUUUGGCAAGCAUUGCUGUAGAAAACAAUAUUCUCACCUGAAGAGAGAUGGCAGAAAUCCAUUCUCCUGUAAAUAUCAAGGAAAAGAUCAAUGCAAUCCGAUCAGUUGUUCCGAACAAAAGCAAUAAUGAGAUAGUUCUGGUGUUGCAGCAGUUUGAUAACAAUGUAGACAAGGCUGUUCAAGCUUUCAUGGAUGGCAGCGCAGUUCAGGUUCUGAAGGAAUGGAAUAUGACAGGGAAAAAGAAGAACAACAGGAGAAAAAGAAGCAAAUCUAAACAGCACCAAGGCAAUAAAGAUCCUAAAACCAAGAACGGUGGACCUGAGAAGCCAUCUCAAGAGCCCCAGGGAAUAUAUGACUGCCAUCUGAAUGGAUGCUCUAAGGACAACUCUUGCAGUGGUUCUGCCAAUCAGAAACUGGAAGCUGCUUCUCUUGAGAACAAAGGCUCAGGAUUUGUAGAGUCAGCGCUGGUCUGUCCAGAAAUCACAGACAAAGAACAAGAACACCAGAGAGUAUCUGUGGAAUUAAACCCAAAGACUAUGAAUGGAGUAGAACAGCAUGAGUCUCUUCAGCCAUCAGUUCAACUCCAGUGUAACCUAGGCAGGCCAAAGUCAAAAUCUUCCUCAGUUAAAUCAUCCAAUACUCCACCCCAACGUGAAACAAAGACAGAUGAUUCAGUCAAAAAAAGAGGGCCAAAUAUUGAAAAAUCAGUAAAAGACCUGCAGCGUUGCACUGUUUCUCUAACCAGAUAUCGUAUGAUGAUCAAAGAGGAAGUGGAUAAUUCAGUGAAGAAGAUCAAAGCUGCUUUUGCAGAAUUACACAGCUGCAUCGUAGACAAAGAAGUAUCAUUAAUGGCAGAAAUUGAUAAAGUUAAAGAAGAAGCCAUGGAAAUCCUGACUGCUCGGCAGAAGAAAGCUGAGGAGCUGAAGAGACUGACAGACCUAGCCAGUCACAUGGCUGAAGCACAACUGUCUGAACUCAGGGCUGAAAUUAAGCACUUUGUGAGUGAACGGAAAUAUGAUGAAGAGCUGGGCAGGUCUGCCCGAUUUUCCUGUGAUACAGAACAGCUGAAGACCCAAAUUCAGCUCUGUGGAGAAAUUUCUCACCCAAAGAACAACUAUUCCUCAAGAACACCAUGUAGUUCAGUGCUGUCUUCAAUGACCUCGCAUGCAACAACUGGCAAGCAAAAUACACACACCCGAAAGUCCUCUAGUAAUGCCAAGAACUCUGAUAAUAAAACAGCCAGCACUAAAGUACAAAGUCAUCUUUCUUCCAAUCCUACAGAAUCUUCUUCCCAAGGAACCCUGACAAAUAAGCAGAAUGGGCCUUCUAGCCAGAGACGAAGAUUCAACCCACAGCACCAAAACAUCCGGCUCAAUGGAUCUCUUAAGUCACAAGGUGCCAGUAAUGAGGCAGAUCAAAAUAAUGUAAAGAGUGGUUCCAGGUCUGAACACAGAAGACAACAGCAUAACAGCUUCAGAUCUAAAAAUAAAGGAGCUAUGAAAAAUCAAGAGCAGUCCACAACUACAAGGACCACAGAGAAUCCAACACAUUCAGAAAAGACGCGACGAAAGCAUCAUACACCAGACACUGCAGAUCACAGGCCUUUCCAAGGCAAUGUUGGCAGGGUGUCGCAAUGCAAUUUAUGUCCUGCAAGGAUGGAGGUCUCUGCUGAUGCCACCGUUCUUUCAGUGCCAGCUGUGACUUUGGUGGCUUAAAAUGUCACAGUGAUGGCAGGCAGAGAAAUUUAAUCUCUUCAUUUUAGUUUCUUGCUCGAGAUGCUUGUUGGUGAAGAAAAUAAGUCAGAACAUAGUCAUUUUAAAUCUGUUGCUGCUUAAAACUUGUUGGUAUCUUUAUUACUUACUAAUUAUCAAAAUUAAUUCAUUUCAAGGCUUUGCCCAAUAUGUUCACAGUUAUUUUGUCAUGACAGUACGGAAUCUUACCAAAGCAGCAUUUACUUCUUAGAAAAAUGAAAUCUAGAUUGGAAAAAUAAAUGGAUAAUUAAAUUCAUAAUAGCAAAAACUUGUUGUAGAUAUGUGGUUAUACCAGUCAACAUUAUUGUUUUUUAGAGCAGCCUGUGUUAGAAGGAUCCCAGGAAGUCUGUAUGCUGUGGUCUGCAAUGAAAUCAGAUAAUCUUGUAGAAUUUUUCAGCAAAUCUCUAUACACCUCUUUCUUUCUGUGCGUGUAUACACGUACAUGCAUGCACACUGUAUACACAGAGAGUAUUGUUAUAUACAAGAACAUUUGAAAAAGCAGUACAUUUGAUUUUAGCUUAUUAUUCCAUAAUCUGAGAUCUUUAAAUUCAAGUAUAAAUUGUAUUAAAUGUAUUACAUAUUGGUAUUUUUCAUUGACAAACUAUUUUUAUGAGGCUGAGGAAAAAUGCUCAUUUCUUAAGUUUGGAAUGUACAUAGUCAUGGCUAUUCAGAUGCACAGCCCUAUUCUCCAUCCCUAUCAGCCACUUUUCUAUGACUAGUUGGAGUUAUUUUUUUGCAUAUGAAAAGUUGCAGGUGUUCUAGACGAAUCCAAAUUAUUUUUCUAUAUUUUUGCUGUAGGAACCAUCUGUCCGUAACGAGAGCUAUGAUUAAUAAAUUUGUUACAGCAACAUGCAGCAGAAUGUGGAGGUACAUAUCUGAGCAGAUACUACAUCCUUCCCAGUUUUCUAUUAAAAUAAAAAUCUUACCUAGUCUUAAUGUUCUGAUUCUGUAUUUCAGAAAACCUGUUUCUUCCAAAAAAUUAAAAUCUUCUUUCUAAAAUAUUCUGGUGUUUGCUGCUUUGCAGUGCCUAACCUUUGUGAUAUUAGUGAAAUUGUAUUUGCUUAAUUCAACUGGUAUCAGUGGGUGGCUUUCAGCUGAGUUUGGAUAGGACUAGGCUUUUGCUUUUAGCUAGAUUCUAAUGCCACAAGUGCACAGAACAGAACCUUCCCAUGAGAGCCGCCUCCAUCCUGGGCAUACUUUUAAUAUAAGUUAUGUAACAUAGCAAGGUGUCAGAAUCCAGACCUGGCAUCAGGUGAACUACUGGCCUAAGUGUCAGAAUCGGAAAGGUGUAAAAGGUCAGUAAGACUGACCUCCCACUGAGGUCAGUAAGAGCAGGACACCCGAGUAUCUUUAGAAGUUUAUUCCUAGGUUAUUGUUUGCUAUUGCUUUUUACCAAUUUCCUCUGUCUAAUUUCUGUUAGCUGACUGCACACUUCCUUUGUACUGACUAGUUUACUUUUCCUCUGUGGCCCUUGAAAAAUAAUCUCAAAGUGUAGAGUGAGGUGCAUUCCUUAUGGGUGAUUUUGAUUAUUUUUAUUUCUCUUGAUAUCUGUAUACAGUUUUCCACAUGUGAAUAUUGGUAAAACCAGAUUCUAAAAGGCAAAUAACUCAUCUUCAUCUGGAAGAGUGGUGAAAGAAAAAUAAACACGCAUAGGUAAACACUGGCUUUCUUAGCAUUGCAAGCACUGCUUCUAUCCUAGUUAAUUACCUAUCAUGCUUUUAAGCUGAAUGUUUUGAGUAAACGGAACUGAAAUUCCAGAGUCUGUGUUGUGCACACCCAUCAGAUAGGUAGCUUUUCAAAAUUUAUCUGCUGCCUUACAGUUUGACCUGUAACCUCGCCGUAAGAGAUGUAAUUGCAAUUUCCAUGCAGAUAUUACACAGGAAUCUUAUUAUAUUGUCCUUACGUAAUUUGUGAAAUUUACUUAUGUCUCUUGUAACCCCUCCUGAAAAAAAAAGAAAAUCUAACUUAUCUAUAAUGAUGUUUACCCCUUCCUUAUAGCUUCUCCACUUGACAGGAUUAUUGAAAGUUACUUUAUUCUGUAAGUCAGCUUCUCACACGCAGGCUUCUGCACAUAAAUAAAAUCUGUAAUGUAAGUCAUAA